AUGUCAGGCCCGGGCUCUGGAGCCUCCAACCCGCGGAAGUUCAGCGAGAAGAUCGCGCUGCACAACCAGAAACAGGCGGAGGAGACGCGGGCGUUUGAGCAGCUGAUGACAGACAUCACAGUGUCUAGGGUGCAGUUUCAGAAAGUGCAGCAGCUGCGUCUGACUCAGACCAGAGGACAGCUCUAUGGAGGCUCCCUGCCCAACGUCAACCAGAUGUGCUCCGAGAGCCCGAACCCCCUCCCCCCAGUCUUGGACCCCAGAUCGACUCGGCAUCACGGUUUGGUGGAGCGCGUUCACAGACCCAGGAUGAGCUCACCGCACACUCAGCGGCGCCAGGAGAAGCAUCGGCACUGUGACUCGUCUCCGUACGCACAGAUGUACCUGUCCCCGCCCCCUGACCAGACCUGGAGGAGGGACCUGAACUCCUCCUGGGAUGACAAACCGGCAGCUUUUAGGUUCAUGUCUCAACUCAACAGGACAAAUUCAGACUCUGCGCUCCACACCAGUGUCAUGAAUCCUACGCACCAUUUUGGACCAAACCAGGGACAGGACCAGAUGCAGAGACAGGACCAGAUGCAGAGGCCGGACCAGAUGCAGAGGCCGGACCAGAUGCAGAGGCCGGACCAGAUGCAGAGGCCGGACCAGAUGCAGAGGCCGGACCAGAUGCAGAGGCCGGACCAGAUGCAGAGGCCGGACCAGAUGCAGAGGCCGGACCAGAUGCAGAGGCCGGACCAGAUGCAGAGGCCGGACCAGAUGCAGAGGCCGGACCAGAUGCAGAGGCCGGACCAGAUGCAGAGGCCGGACCAGAUGCAGAGGCCGGACCAGAUGCAGAUGCAGAGGCCGGACCAGAUGCAGAUGCAGAGGCCGGACCAGAUGCAGAUGCAGAGACCGGACCAGAUGCAGAUGCAGAGACCGGACCAGAUGCAGAGACCGGACCAGAUGCAGAGACCGGACCAGAUGCAAGGAGAGAGGAGGAACGUGAGUUUGAACGAAGCUGAAGACGGAUCUGCAGAUGUGUUCUCCUUCCCUCCACUGUCGGGCGCCAUGUUCGGGACUCGGCUGCAGCACAAGCAGCUGUGGGACACUCAGGUCCAGUCUCUGUCCUCUUGUGAUGUCCCUGGGAUCAGUAUUUUUCCUUCUCCGGAUCAGAACGUGUCCCAGUACCAGCCCUGCUCCCCCUCCGCACCUGGACUGGUCUCCAACUCAGACUACACGCAUCAGCUUCCUCAGGCUCUGAUGCACAUGGGUUUGUCAUCGUCUCUCAGUAACCCGUCUCUCUGUUCGUCUCCGCGUCGACGCCCUGCUCCCAUCAGCCCCCUCACACUGUCACCAGAGCAACAGAGAGCCCCGCCCAUUUUACAGGUCUCUCCUCUGGACUCCGCCCUUCCCCGGGAGCCUCCUCCCCCUUACCCCAUUUACUCACAAUCCCACACUGCAUCAAGACCGGCUCUCAGCAGCCCAGUCCAUCAGGGAGCGCCAUUGCAGAGACACGCCCAGAACCAGGUCCAGAAUCAGGUCCGGAACCAGGUCCAGAACCAGGUCCAUAACCAGGCAGGCUACAGCGACGGACAGGUGACCUCUGACUUGUUCAUGGAUCCACAGUUUGGAGCGAAAAGUUUGGAUUAUCAGAACUUUGGUUUCCGUGAUGAUGGUGUAAACUGUUCAUUGGAUUCAUCAUCGCUCUUUUAUAACCCAGCGCCUCAGCAGGGUCUCCAUGGAAACGCCUCUUCUAUGCAAAUGUGCCAAGGCUCCACCUCCAGAGCCCCGCCCAUGCUGUUCCCCCAAUCAGCUCUGCCGAACAUCAUCCUGACAGACGACUCUGGAGGCUUCUCUCUGGACGAGGAGCUCUGUAUAGAGCCGCUCACUCUGGAUGGACUGAGUAUGCUCCGUGACCCCGAGCUGGUGCUACCUGACCCUGCAGUUGAGGAGUCCUUCCGCAGUGAUCGCCUCUGA